CCCGUUCCUCGGCCCGGCCGCGCCUCCCGCUGGGACCAUGGCGAAGAAGAACGCCGAGAAUGGCAUCUACAGCGUGUCUGGAGACGACAAAAAGGGUCCGCUGAUCGCGCCCGUGCCCGACGGGGCCCCGGCCAAGAGCGAUGGCCCUGCGGGCCUGGGGGCGCCUGGCGGCCGCCUAGCCGUACCUCCGCGCGAGACCUGGACGCGCCAGAUGGACUUCAUCAUGUCGUGCGUGGGCUUCGCCGUGGGCCUGGGCAACGUGUGGCGCUUCCCCUACCUGUGCUACAAGAACGGCGGAGGUGUGUUCCUUAUUCCCUACAUCCUGAUCGCCCUGAUCGGAGGAAUUCCCAUUUUCUUCUUGGAGAUCUCACUGGGUCAGUUCAUGAAGGCCGGCAGCAUCAAUGUCUGGAACAUCUGCCCCCUGUUCAAAGGCCUGGGCUACGCCUCCAUGGUGAUCGUCUUCUACUGCAACACCUACUACAUCAUGGUGCUGGCCUGGGGCUUCUACUACCUGGUGAAGUCCUUCACCACCACGCUGCCCUGGGCCACGUGCGGCCAUACCUGGAACACUCCCGACUGCGUGGAGAUCUUCCACCAUGAAGACUGUGCCAAUGCCAGCCUGGCCAACCUCACAUGUGACCAGCUUGCUGACCGCCGGUCCCCUGUCAUCGAGUUCUGGGAGAACAAAGUCUUGCGGCUCUCCAGGGGGCUGGAGGUGCCAGGGGCCCUCAACUGGGAGGUGACCCUGUGUCUGCUGGCCUGCUGGGUGCUGGUCUAUUUCUGUGUCUGGAAGGGGGUCAAGUCAACAGGAAAGAUUGUGUACUUCACUGCUACGUUCCCCUACGUGGUCCUUGUUGUGCUGCUGGUACGUGGAGUGCUGUUGCCUGGCGCCUUGGAUGGCAUCAUCUACUAUCUCAAGCCUGACUGGUCAAAGCUGGGGUCCCCUCAGGUAUGGAUAGAUGCCGGGACCCAGAUUUUCUUCUCUUAUGCCAUUGGCCUAGGGGCCCUCACAGCCCUCGGCAGCUACAAUCGCUUCAACAACAACUGCUACAAGGACGCCAUAAUCCUUGCACUCAUCAACAGCGGGACCAGCUUCUUCGCUGGCUUCGUGGUCUUUUCCAUCUUGGGCUUCAUGGCUGCAGAGCAGGGUGUGCACAUCUCCAAAGUGGCAGAGUCAGGGCCUGGCCUGGCCUUCAUCGCUUACCCCCGGGCCGUCACGCUGAUGCCCGUGGCCCCACUCUGGGCUGCCCUGUUCUUCUUCAUGCUGCUGCUGCUGGGCCUGGACAGCCAGUUUGUAGGUGUGGAAGGCUUCAUCACAGGACUGCUGGACCUCCUCCCGGCCUCCUACUACUUCCGUUUCCAAAGGGAGAUCUCUGUGGCCCUCUGCUGUACUCUCUGCUUUGUCAUCGACCUCUCCAUGGUGACGGAUGGUGGGAUGUAUGUCUUCCAGCUGUUUGACUACUACUCGGCCAGUGGCACAACCCUGCUCUGGCAGGCCUUCUGGGAGUGUGUGGUGGUCGCCUGGGUAUAUGGAGCUGACCGCUUCAUGGAUGACGUGGCCUGCAUGAUUGGGUACCGGCCUUGCCCCUGGAUGAAAUGGUGCUGGUCCUUCUUCACCCCACUGGUCUGCAUGGGCAUCUUUGUCUUCAAUGCUGUGUAUUCCGAGCCACUGGUCUACAACAACACCUACGUGUACCCAUGGUGGGGCGAGGCUAUGGGCUGGGGCCUCGCGCUCUCCUCCAUGUUGUGUGUGCCCCUCCACUUGCUGGGCCGCCUCCUCACGGCCAAGGGGACCAUGGCUGAGCGCUGGCAGCACCUGACACAGCCUGUCUGGGGCCUCCACCACUUGGAGUACAGAGCUCAAGACUUGGAGGUCAGGGGCCUGACCACCCUGACCCCAGUGGCCGAGAGCAACAAGGUGGUGGUGGUAGAGAGCGUCAUGUGACAGGCAGCCGGCUCCCAGUGCCAGCUCUCCCUCUUGUAGCCAUAGCAGCUCCUGCUUUAGCGCCCCCAACCCCUCCAGGGGGCUUGCCUUUCCCUGACACUUUUGGGGUCUGCCUGGGGGGGGAGGGGAAGGAAGCACCCAUGAGUGCUUAUAACUAAAAUAACUUUUUCCAUUUUUAAUAAAAUGCCAAAAAUA